CAGGUGUUCACGGCCACAAACGCAUUAGGGUUAGGUAUUAAUAUGCCAACAAUUCGAGCGGUAGUGCACGUUGGAACAAUUCGAAAAAUGCGGUAUUACGCGCAGGAGAGCGGAAGGGCAGGGCGUAAUGGGCGGAAGAGUAAAGCAAUAAUUAUGCACGGAUUCUGA